AUGUACAAAUUGAUCUGUGCCAAUAUCGCCAAAUCACGCAACUUCACUCACUCGUACAAGAAGGUGGCGUUGGCCAAUAGGAUCCACCUGGACGCGAGCCGACCGCAAAGCGCCCCGCCCUCCACCAGUCUGGAGGAGAAUGCGGAGGAACUGAACGACGAGGAAAAUGGAGCGCCCAUCAGCUCCGGAGCCCGAAACCAAAAACCCUCCAAAGCCAACCGAGGCUCAGCCUCCAAGCCCCAUCCGACCUUAAGUCACUUAGUCAAGCCCCAGCCGCCUGCUGCGGCCACUUCCCGGAGAAGCUUCCACCUGAACGCCAUCAGCUCGCCCUCAAGGCGCACCUGCUUCACGCAGGGCCCCAGAAACUCCAUCGAGGAAGAGGUCAAGGAAAGUUACCGCAGGGCCAUGAACCAGCUCUACAGCAUGCAGCAGGACAAGCCAGAGUUUCAGUUCAAAGAGCAGGCGGUGCAUCCGCUGGCCACCAGCACCAAGAGGCGGCUGAGCCUGCAGCAGGCGAAGCACCAGAAGAAAGUGGCGGGGAGGACCGGGAUCACCUACCCAACGCACACUUACAAGCACAACCUGACGUUCUCUAGAAGAUAUCGUCUGCGCGAAGAAUCAGCGGAACGCAAAGUGCGGGAACUGGAAGAGGAGUUCACGAAGCGCAUGAAGAUGCAGCGGAAGAUGUUCAAGACGAUCACAGCCAAAACCAUCACCUACCCCAAUCUGGUGGAGAACCUGAAGAAAAGCCGCCCACUGGUGGAGGAGCGCCAGCCCCCGCAGCCUGAGCGGCCGACCAUCAAGGUGGUCCAGCCCCCCCAGCAACAGACGAGGGACGGGAGCGACGCCUCCAUCAAGAGCCACCCGAUCAUCGGAGCGGCCAGCAAGGAGGCCAAGAUGAAGCUGAAGUCCAAGUUCGUGCAGCUGCUGCUAAGGUCGACGCGCAGCUGCACCCAGCCACAGGAGACGUCCAUGCAAGAAAGCGACGAACCAGCGCAGUUACCAGACGACACUGAAGCCGGCGGGGUUUUGGACGACUUCUCGAUCAAAGACCCCAAGAGGGUGUGGAUGGACCACAUCAGCACCAGCCCCCUGAGCUUGGAGGACGUUUGCCUCAGAGAAGGAAAAUCUUCCGGCACAGAGCUGGUGGGAAAUCCCAACGCCAGCCAGAUGGAGGAAGAGGCCACCGAAGGGCCUCGCCACGAGCUGAAGACGAAGCAAACCGCUACAGACCUUACAAAGGGCGACACAAGUCUGGGGAACUUGACCAGGGGCGACUUAAGGCCGAAGAUGACCAGGAACAGAGCUCGACCAGCGGUGGGCAAAAGGGCGCCGGAGGCCGCCAGAGCUUCGCUCUAUCACACCGAGCGCAAAGCAGGAACCUCCAGGGGCGAAGACCCUAAACCCACUGGAGCCAGCGACGUGCUGGAACAAGAGCACCCGGCCCCGAAGGCUGACAAUCUCCUGGGGGCGGAGCCUGAAAUGCCCCCAAACGUCGCCCCAAAGCCCCAAAGCGACGAUGUCCAGAACAUCAAACCAUCCACAGACCCAAAUGCGGUGGAGACCAGGUACGAGGACUUGUACCUGCUGGUGCGCGCGCAAAAGUGCCUGGACCCGCCCACUGAGGUGGAGGAGCUGAACGAGCACGCGCGCGACAAGGACGCCGCAUGCACCAAGCAGCGCCAGAAAGAGGCGGAACACCAUCGCGUCGAAGACCUGAAGAACCAGGCGCAGUCGCUGCCCUCCCUUAAAACCCCCAAUGUGGUACCGCGCAUCGACAAAAUCAACGACCGCCUGCAGGAACGAUCCCAAUUAGCCGAGAAUGCCAAAAACGCGAUCCAAAGCCUCACCAGCGUCCCCCGGCCAGCGGUGGAACCCCCGAAGAAACGCCUGCUGCUGUUCAAGAGGGCGCCGGAGCGCAAAUCGCGCCUGGACAGUCAGUCCAAGUGCGACAAACUCAAUCAGGCGGCCAGGGAAUGGGCGCAAAAGCACCGGAAGCGCCCGGCGCCCCAUUCGUACACUCUGGAACAAUCCAGCGCCAAGGCGCCCAAGCCGGAGAAGCUGAAAACCCGGGAAAGCGACCUCAAGGAGGGCCAGUUCCAGAAGACCCAGCAGGAAUUGGAGGAGUUCUACCGGAAAAAGAGCCAGGAGUGGAACCAAAUGCCCGGGGAAAAGAGCGAAUGGGCUGCUUUGAGAGCCAAACGGAUCCUAAAGGGCCCCAUCGAGGUGAUCGAAGUGCUGGCGCCCACCACUUUCAUCAAAGAGGAGAAUGUCAUCCUGUUUGCCCCGAGCUAUCGAGGCAAACUGGCCAAGGAGGAGCAAAAGCCCGAGCUGAAGCCCGACAAAUCGGAAACGGAGGACACUAAGGAAGACACCGAGAAGGAGCAGUUCCCCAAACACGGCGCCGCCAAUGAAGGCGGGACAGAAGGGCAAGGAAUAGAAUCUUCAGCUGCUUCGGACGGCAGCAACUUGAAGCCCCAGGAAGGCCAGAAAAACGAGUCUGAGGCGAAUCCCCAAACCUCCACGCAGGAAAUCAGCUACCAGACAGCGGACGUGUCCAAGGACUACCAGGAGCACAUUUUGAAGCAGUUUUUCAACGCGAAACUGCUGUCAGGCGGCCAGCAGAGCGUCUACAUGCCGAAAGAGCGCCUCAUCAUCAACAACAUCAAAGAGCAGGAAGACGAUUGCAAAUCUGAUGGGGCUGUGCUGAGGCCAGGGGAUGAAAUAGUGUUUGUCGGCAACAGCGGCCCAUCAGCCAAUGAGCUGAGCGCGAUCCUCCCCAACCGGCUGGAAAAAGCCCUGGUGACUUCCGAGUCUUUGGGCUGCCAGUUGGCCGUCGCUGAGAGCCGAGCGCUGAUGGACACCCGAACCCAAAUCGACGACAUGAUGAAGAAGAUCAGCCAGCUGGAGAUCAUGGUCCAGCAACAGCAACAGUCCCUAGCCAAAGAAGACCAGCUGGCCAACAAGAUCAGGGCGCCUCCCCCCAAGCGCCCCGAAGGUACGGGAGACCGCACAAAGGCCCAGGCGCCUUCAGCCCUCAAUGUUGCAGACAAAGACAAGAAGCAGGAGCGGCCCAAAGGGCCCCAUGACGUGGUGUUGCCCCCUAAGGGCGGGAGCUGGAAGCCGGAGGACGGUCCCGCAAGGCAAAAAAGUCAAGACAAUUGUGGGCGGCCAAGUGAGUUGAGUGCAGUCGUUGCACGCCCCAAACGCUGCAAGGAGCUGGAAGAACCCGCUGAAAAGCGUGGCCAAACAGAGGCAACGGUUCUGCUCGAUUCCGCUCAAAAACCUGCGAAAAAGAUCAUCAAAACCCCCAAGUCCCAAAGUCUGGCCAAAGCGGAGGAGCAGCAAGCAGCAGGAAAGCCCAAACUGGAGGCUAACAAAAGCACCUACGAAGGCCUGCAGCUCAACAGCCUAAGCGCCGGGCGGAAAACAGGGACGCGAAGGCCGGCCAGCUGCUCGCCGGUGGGCCCCCGAGUGAAGAAAAGCGAUCAGCCAGCCUCAAAGGCCGGCAAAAGUCAUUUGGAGACGGGCAGGACCAAGUUCUCCAGCUGGUCAACCUGCAAGUUCCACCCGCCGGCCAAAAACGCCCCCGAAGGCCCGCAUCAAGGCGAACCCAAGUCGAUUAAACGCGCUGCCUCCGAUGCGGCCGCAGGCAGCAAAGCCUCCAGACCAGCCCCUAAGGAAUCGUCCAAAACCUACCUGGGGCCGGACUACGCCAUUUCCAAAAUAGUGAAACGGCUGCCCUUGAAAACCGUCAAAGGGGCCGAGUUGGAGGGGAAAUUGCCCGGAAAUCCUCCCUUUCAAGCACCAAGCAAACCAGUGCCGAAGGUUUUAAAGGCCCCAGUGAAGAAGCCCAGGUCUGUGGUAGAGCUCUACACGCAACGAAUCCAGGAAAGAACCAAACGAAAACCCCAUGAAGACAACCACAACGAAGCUCUGGAGCUGUCUGAAGACUCGAAGAAGGCAGAAGACGUCGCCGAUUUUCGGCAGGAUCCGUGUGGAUGCGUGGCGGACAGCAACUUGAAGCAGGCUGAGCCGAUCGGGACUUUAACAGUGAUUUUACCGCAGAAAUCCUGCAGUCGCUCCCCUCAAGGGCGCACACUUAACGCCACCGGCUACAAGAGCGAAAGAACAUUCUCCAGUGGCAAAAGCACCAUAAGAAAAGCCCCGAUUUCCACCAGUUCAGGCCCCAAAUUCAGCGAUGCCACCAAAAAACCGCCCAAGAAGGAGAAGACUGCGCUUUUUCGCAUCCAGAGCGACGGCGAAGUGUUCAUCGUAAAAAAAGCCGAUGACUCCUCCUCCGGAAAACCCGCAAACGCGCCCCCAACUUACGACUAUAUGGACCGCGUGAAGAACCAGGUAGAAGUUCACGAGGCCGCAGAUGAAGACCAAUCAGGGCCGCGCCUCAAGGCGGAAAUUCGAACAAUUUACAACAAAGACCAAUCGCGAACGAUCAGCGAAAGCUCCAAACACCCAGCUCGAAGACCGGAAAAUCGAGCGCAGGCUUGGAGGCCGCUGUUUGGCGAUCUGAGCGCGCCCGAUUUCCAGCAGAUUAGGGACGAGUUCUUCCAGCACCCGCCCAAGGAGAAGUUCAUCAAACCCCAGUCGAUCUCCACCGAUGGCUUGGUUAAAAAGCCCGUGAAUCCACCGGAAAGUCAGCCCUCAACCCCAGAAAAACCCAGUGGCGGAUGCGAUUCCAUGCUCCUGAACAAGCGAUACUCGCAAAUGCUGCGGAACAUUGAAAAGCGGCUGGCAGAGAAGAGGAAAAAUGCAACAAAGCCCAAAUCGGCUGAAAGGCCGGAGGCCGCGCCCCCAACGGAUGGUCUCUACACCCUGAAAGCUCCCCAGCAAAAAAUCCCGCUGACCGAAAGGAUCAGGGAUACCCUCUAUCAACUGCGCCAGCCCCUCAGGGCCCACAGCUUUGACAGUGCGGAAGCCACCCUGGCCCAGAAGAAGAGGAUUCUUUACGAGUCAAUUCUCAAAGUGAAAACGUCCACGCCAAAGCUCAUUGCCGACGACCGCCUGAACCGGGAGGUGGAGACCUGGAGUCGUUCGCUGCGGGAAAACGUGGAGAACCGCAAGUCCCUCACAGGUGGGGGUUUGGAGGCAGCCGGGCCCCAAAGCCGCGCUCCGCCCCCGAAGCCAGCCCCAAAAAGCCGCUCGAGUUGCUCCAGUUUCACCCAAGUGAAGAAGCUGAUCUCUGAGGACAAUCUGGCUGGCGAAGUGGAGGCUUGGGGGCUGUCGCUGCUGCACAGCAUGGAGAAGCAGAAACCGGCCAGCCCCAUCUCCGUGCAACAGCCCCGGCCUCCGGACAGUCAGGCGAAUGAGCGCUUCUGCAAGCCCGACACCAAAGUGCAGUUUAAGGCGGCGCGCGAACAGCCAAAGCGAGAGCCCGGCAAAUACCCCCUGCCCCAUGAGGAGAGAUUCAUGUGUGUGGAGAAGAGCAUGAGGAACAAGCUGACGAAGGAAGCGCAGCGCACCAAACCAGUUGCAGUGGCGGCAGCCAGGCCGAAGAGGGCGGACAGUCCGAAACCAGUCAACCAAGUGGACAUCAACCAGCUCCGGAAGACUUUCACAGUGGCGAGUCGCACGGAAAUGGAAAAGCGCCGCAAAAAACUGGAGCUGCAGGAAGCGGUGUUCAACGGCAAGAAGGAGCUGAACGCGCAGCAGCAAGAGCAGCGCUCCAAGAAGGACAAAGUGGGGCAAAUGAACAGCGCAGCCCUGGACCUUUUGCGGAAGAAAAGCGUCCAAGACGAGCAGGAGAUGAGCAGAGGAACCCGGCGGCAAAACAUGUAUGGGAACGGAGCCAAAGCUGUGAAGCCCAGUGUGGGAAACGGGCCAUGGGGCCACAAAAUUCGCCCCAGCUCAGUAGAUAAGAAGAGGUUCCACAGCGGAACCAACAUAAACGGCACCUCAAACAAAGAGGUUCUGAUGUCCAGAGCGGAGUUUCUGCGCCUGAGAAAGGCCGCCUCCGAGCGCAAGGUUCUCGAGCCACCAAACCACACGGUAGAGGCGAAAAAGGAGGCCAUUCCAGGGGAAAUGUCGCAAGCAAAGGUGACAACCGAAGACGAAAAACAAGAGGAACACGCUCAGCAAGCAGCUGAUCUGGAUCAGAACGCUAAGGCAGAACUGCUCAACGGUGCAUCGGACUUGAAAACGCAGGCCAAAAAUCAGUUCGAGUUGUUGUUCCCCGCAGUGGAGCCCAAGGCGGGAGUGGAAAACCUGGGGGCGGAAAUCGAGAAGUUUUUCGACGCCAGACCUAGCGGCGCUCCAGUUUCCAGCCAGCAGGGCCGAAAGAGUGAGUUGGGCGCCGCUUCAGAGACUCAGAGGGGUGCUCCUGGCCCGCAAUUGACCACUGAUGGCUUGCACUAUAAAAUCGCGCAAAUGGCCAAAGCGAUAGUGGACGAUUUGAGGGUGCAGGACAGCCUGAAGAGUCUUACUGACCCCGCCGAACUGGAGGUCACUGCAAAGAGCCACGACCAGGGGGCCGAAGGGAUCGCCUCGCACGAGGUCGUAGGGGAGUUUUCAAAGUGCGACAACAAAUGCGGGGCCAUCAUUAAAUGCGUAGUUCACCGGGAAGAAACCCCUAACGCAGCCGAUUCACCUGAUACCAGGGAAGAGGACGCUGUAAAAUCGGCAGUGGACAAAAUGGUGGAGUUGAAACGCAAAAACAAAGCCAGCAGGCGACUGAAGUCCACCAGCUUACAGAACAUGGUCCUGCAGCCCGAGGCCGACUCAGAUAAAGAAGAGCCUGCAAUAGUUAAAGGGGCAAAUUUUAUUUUCAAGCAGCCGAAGCCCCGGGAAAGCCCUAAAUCGCCCUGCCAGCAGCUGGUUUUGCCCAUGAAAAAGCCCACAUUUCAGGGCGGGGGCCUAUCGGAACACCAGUCCACUCUGGAUCAGCCUCUGGGCGAUGCCAUCAGGUCAGUUCCCAAGGAAACGAAGACUCAGAAGCCAGCUGAUGCUCUAAGGCGGGCUAGGGCGGAUCCAUUGGCUAGAUAUCGGCACCUCCGGAUCACCUACGUCACGAUAAAAAGACCCAACCGGGAAGCGGAUAAGGAGACUUUCCUGCCGGCUGCCACUGCAAGCCCCACAGACGACAAAGACGAGGGGGAACGGAACAGGAUUUUGAACUACCGGUUCCAACUGCUCAAGCGCCUAAACGAGGACUUUCACAAACAACAGCAAGACCGGCUGCUUCCUCCCGUAAGCUCCCAGGAAACCACUGUGGGGGGUGACAGUGCUUGGGACGUCAAGUCGUAUUUGGAGGAAGAAAUGAAAGCAACCAGGACAAUAUUCAAGGAAACAACGUCCCGAAGUGCCAGCACCAGCAAAACUCUUGACAAAAAGGCGGGCGUUCUGCCGCCUAAGAACAGCGACGACAAGAAGCCGGGAGGGCGACGAAGCUUUUCAACGGAUUCACAGAAAGGACCAGAUGAAACGGGGAUCGAAAUCUGCCAGUCCCAACUAACCCUGCCGGAAACGGAUGCGGAACCACCCGAAAGCUGUGCGCAAGGAUUCGAUGUCCUUGAGGCUGUGCCCGAAGCCUUUGAGUGCCCCAGCCCGCAAUUGGAGGAACAUCGGCAACAAAACCUCUACUAUCGAUAUCACAAAUGGAGCUUCACGGACUUGCACAACUAUCUACAGCAGCAUCGCGUCGAUGCGACGACUCAAAGUGGAAAGCAGUGACUUAAUGGCGUGUAUUAAUUGUUCUCUGUACAAGUAAACUUAAAUCAACUGCC